AAUGCAGCUGCAAAUUCUGAAUCGACCUUGUCAAAAAAUAUUCGAGAACUAAUGACUCUAAUGCAUUCAAAGGUAUACACAUGUUUAAGUGAAGCUGUCAUCUCACAGUUUGUACCAACCUCUACACCAAAAUUCUGGUUUUACAAGGACAAUGCGAUUUCAUUUACGCAAUUCGGAGAUUUGGCCAAGAAACUCAACAUAUUAAAACAACAGCACGAGCUUUACAUCACAAGUUCAGAUUUGACUAAAUCAGCUGUGGAAUCUGCACUCAAAAAAAUAGCAAGGAUUUUUACUGCCUCAAUAUUCUGCUUGGACGAGCUUGGUGUUUGGUUGGCUUUGAAGGCUGCAGAGUCCUUAUCUUCCAUUGAAAUUGAAACUUUCUUAUGGGGUCACUCAGGUGAUCAAAUUGUCAAAAAGUUUAGUUCAGCUACUAUGAUGACACUGCAAAGUUACAUACCAUUUGAUCCUCCGUGGACUAUUGGUAACAAUAUGAAUUUUGACGUGGAUAUGGGUCUAUUGACCUCCAAAGUGUCCUGUCUUAUUGACUGUCUACUUGAGUAUAGGGGUUUAUCUGAAAUGAGAUGCAUAGUUUUUGUGGAAAGGGUCAUUACAGCUAUUGUCCUUGAGAUUCUAUUGAACACUUUGCUUCCGAAAUACAAUAGCUGGAGGACUAAAUUCAUUGCAGGAAACAGUAGUAAAUUGCAAAACCAAUCUCGAAAAUGUCAAAAUGAAAUCGUGGAAGAAUUUCGUAUGGGAUUGGUCAAUGUCAUUGUUGCAACAUCAAUUCUUGAAGAGGGUUUAGAUGUUCAAAGUUGUAAUUUGGUUAUUAGAUUUGACCCAUCCCCCACAGUUUGCAGUUUCGUACAGUCUCGAGGCCGUGCAAGAAUGCAAAAUUCAGAUUAUAUAUUGAUGGUUAAGAGUGGGGAUUCAGUUACACGUUCUCGAUUAGAGAAAUACCUUGAUGGCGGGGACAUGAUGAGAAAGGAGUCUUUGCGUUAUUCUUCCCUUCCAUGUGAAUGUCUUGAAAGUGAUCUAUUUCAUAAUCAAGCUUACCGUGUUGCAUUCAAUUACAUUUUGAGCAUCAACGCCUACUUAAGGCUAGACAUGUUUUUCCGGUAAAGAAUUAUUGUCACGGAUACAGACAAGCUAAGGACAGAGAUGUGAGCAAGACAUUUGUUGAAUUACCUCCUGAACUCUGCUAUAUAAUUAUGUCACCAUUACCAGUCAGCACGCUUUAUUCAUAUGCAUUUAUUCCAUCCAUCAUGCAUAGAAUUGAGGGAAUGCUUGUAGCUUCGAACUUUAAAAAGAUGCAUUUGGAUCAUUGCCCACAGAAUGGGAUUCAAACAUUCAAGGUCUUGGAAGCAAUGACCACAAAGACAUGCAAGGAGACCUUUGUUGUCUUCGAUGGACUUCAAUUAUGCUUUCACCAGUUUCAUAACCAUAGUGAAGAAAUCAGUU